CCUGCCUCAUGCCUAGGUUUUCUUGCUUGUAUUUACUGUUGAGUGCUAUUAUCAACGUUUGUAGAGCAUCAACCUAUCUCGAUGUAGUCCUUGCUAACAACGAUACAAUGCGAAUCGAUCCCUGGGGCCGCGACUCACUGCGAGUGCGCGUCGUUCCUCCCGGUUCACAGAUUCGAGACGACCUCCCCGGCGCUCUCAUUCCGCCUCCUAAACAGCUAACCGCCGUCCGCGAAGGGAACAACAUUACAAACGGCAACAUCAAAGCCUCGGUCUCGGACAACGGUCUCUUGACAUUUUCACGCGUGGGCGGGUCAUCCGAGGCCGUCAUCCUGCAAGAGAAACAGCGCGUCUUUCCCGAUGAGACGAACGUCAAACGAUUCGUGUUGUCGUCUAAGGACCGUACGGACUGUGGGUACAGCCGUUGUUGCCUCGACUUGAGAUCUGGAGUCGGAAGAAUAACCGCUUGUAAUGUCCACAGUCAGAUGGAAAUUCGGGAAGGCCCGGAUAAGUCUCUAUUGCAUCUUCUUACUUCAAGUGAAUUGUGUGCAACCGUUCGAGAAAGGCAUGUUGUGAAGGGCCUAUGUGGUGCCAUCAGAGACGGUGAGAAGUGGUCAUAUAGCAGCAACAGACAAAUCAUGGUCUCUAGUGGGAUUGGUAUUGCAAAGUGUCUGGCUGUCGAUGUUGGUCUGAAUGAGAAGUUUGCGGACGGCUCACUUGUUGUACUAACAGACUGUGAUGUCGGAGAUACGAGGCAACAGUGGACAUACCAGGAUUUAAGUGUGACGAUGGAGUCCUUCGUGUCUACAAACUCCGAGAUGAUAUUUGGGUUUGGCGAGCACCAAAAGACGGACAUGUUGAACUACAAAGGUCAGAACUUUGACAUGGAGGAAUGCUUAGAGUACAGCAAAAGUCGAGGAGGAGAGAUAUGCUUACCAUACAUCAUUGGAGCUCAAAAUCAUUUGGUACAAUACGGCUUCUUAUGGAACAUGCCAAAUUAUGGCAGUGUGUCUUUUCAAGAUACCGAUACUAAUUGGACUGCACACUCUGCACGUCAGAUUGAUUACUUUGUGACUACAUUUCAGUCCUCGUCAUCAUCCAGUCAAGCGGCUGCCGAUAUAAUGAGCAAUUACGUCGAUGCAGUUGGCCAUGCUCCAUUGCUACCUUGGUAUGCAUCUGGGUAUUGGCAUAGCAAAAAUCGGUAUUCGAAGCAAGACGAUUUGCUUGCCGCAGCGCGUAUGUUCCGUAAUCUGUCCAUUCCUAUAUCAAUAAUUGUUAUUGAUUAUUUUAACUGGAUUCACAUGGGAGACUGGUCUUUUGAUCCUGGUGCAUGGCCCGAUGUGAAGGGCAUGAUGCAAGAACUUUAUGACUUAGACAUUCGUGUCAUGGUGUCCGUGUGGCCUUUCUCAGCAAACGGUAGCUCGAGUUUUGAAACUAUUACCUCUCAGGACUAUGCUGUCAAUAAUUUAUCAACCAGCAAGCCUAUGGUUUGGCCUGAUGGCAGUUGUCGUGCUCUUUGUUACCUCUAUGAUCCUACUCAGCCUACAGCAAGGGAGUAUGUAUGGAGUCGUAUCAAACUAGGAUACUAUGACUAUGGCAUUAAGGUCUUUUGGCUCGACGCUGCCGAGCCAGAAAAUGGGGGAGGCACUCCUACAGGUGCAACCUUUCACAGGGGAUCGUUUGAAGAGAUGGGCAUGAUGUUUCCAUACUUCCAUUCAGAGAUGAUUUAUGAAGGGAUGAUGUCAGCCGGUGAGCGAGAUGCUCUCAUUCUCACGCGUUCGGCAUGGGCUGGAAUGCAGCGAUGGAGUGCCGCCGUGUGGAGCGGAGACACUCAUUCUGACUUCGAUACGCUACGUCGAUCUAUAACUGCUGGAUUAAAUAUACAGUUGUCAGGGAUUGCCUGGUGGACCACAGACAUCGGUGGUUACAGUGGAGGAAAUCCCGAUGAUGCUGAAUUUAGAGAACUCAUUGUGAGGUGGUUUCAGUAUGGGGCUAUGUGUCCUCUUUUCCGUCAGCACGGGGCAAGAAACACGGAGCCGUGGUUGUUAGGGAAUGAAAGUUUCAAUGCCGUACUCGAUGUGAUACAUCUUCGUGAUCGACUGCGUCCGUAUAUCAUGGAACAAAUGAAGCUUGUUAAUGAGACGGGCAUGCCCGUGAACCGCCCACUUUGGUUUGAUUUUCCUGAUGAUUCGAAAUGUUGGGAAGUAAUCGAUGAAUUCAUGUUUGGUCCCGACUACCUGGUUGCACCGGUUUACGAAUACAAGGCCAGAAGUCGUUCGGUCUACUUCCCUGCAGGUGUGAAGUGGAUUCACUAUUUUACUGGUAAAAGCUACAAUGGAGGCAGCAACAUGACAAUCGAUGCACCGUUAAAUCAAUUUCCACUUUUUACGCGAUCGCCUUAGCUUGUGGAUUUUUGUUUUCAUUCAACUGUUGUAUGUUGUUGUCUCAAUACAAUUGGCUACAUUGCUUUGCCUUGGUGGAGUGCAUUUUAAUUGCUGUAGUGCAUGUUUACUCAUUUACUGGCUUACAGCUUGGUAGUAUAUCUUGUGUCUUUCAAAGAUGUUAAUGGCUUGUAUGUUGAUCUAGUUGAUAUGCGAUAUAUUCUCAUGUUGUCGUUACCUUUGUGAGUCAGCUAUGAUCUAGAACCAAGUUAUGAUAUUUGUUUUCUAUUCAUUGGCAAUUAC